AUGAGGUCCCGUACGCUCGGCUUCGUCACCCUGGCCGGCACCAUGAUGGUGCCGAUCGUCGACGCACACAUGAUCAUGGCAAAUCCAGUUCCCUACGGAGUCAGCACUCUGAACAACAGCCCUCUUUCUGGCGACUACCCUUGCAAGCAACGCUCAGGCGUCUACGAUGUUAGUACGAUGAACUUUAUGGAAGUCGGCAAGCCUCAGACGCUCUCCUUCACCGGCACCGCUGUCCACGGCGGCGGCUCUUGCCAAAUCAGCGUCUCGCUUGACAAGGAGCCGACCGUUUCGUCCGUCUUCAAGGUCGUCCAUUCCAUCGAGGGAGAUUGCCCUGGCAUCAACGGCGGGCCCGACACUUUCAACUUCCAGCUUCCCCCGGACUUCCCGAACGGCGAGUUCGCGCUGGCCUGGACGUGGUUCAACAAGAUCGGAAACCGCGAGAUGUACAUGAACUGCGCGCCCAUCACCGUGACUGGCGGCGCCGACAACAAGGACGCAUACGACAAGCUUCCGGACAUGCAGCUCGCCAACAUCCCCCAGACCACCUGCAAGACCGCCGAUAGCAUGGUCCCCCUCUUUCCCAACCCGGGCGACUCCGUCGACAAGCGCGGUGGCGGACCUUUCGUGGACUUCCAAGGCGAUUGCGGUGCUCCCUCCAAGCUGCAGCCGGUCAUGGGCGGCAACUCGGAUGGCAACUCGGGCGGCAGCGGUAGCUCGUCCUCGCAGCAGCCUCCUGCAAUCACUUCCUCGGUCCCUUCACCGUCCCCCAGCUCCACGAACAUGCCUGACGCAAGCGGAGCGGCGCCUGUGACCUCUCCAGCUGCCCAUCCUUCUACGCCAGCCAACGGUGCUCCCGGUCCCGACACUCCAGCUCCUGCCGGAUGCGGCGAGGAUGGCACCAUGGUCUGCAAUGGCGUCAACCAGUUCGGCAUCUGCAACUUCGGCAAGGUGAUCUGGCAGGAUGUUGCCGCCGGCACCAAGUGCGAAGAUGGCAAGAUCACCUUCGCGGACAAGAAGGACCGUCGCCUCAUCGGCCGUAGUGUUGCCGGACGCAUCAGCUACCGCGUCGCCAUGGGUUGA